UGGUAGCCCAUCACAUAUAAUAUAUAGGGGUAUCUUCCAUUUAGAAAGACCACACAGAAUCAGCUGAAAAGAGCAAAUUGGGGUCUGGUGAGCUGAUCAAGAACAUGGGCGAAGUGAAGCUCCAUGGAUUUUGGGCAAGCCCUUACAGCUGCAGAGUGAUAUGGGCCCUGCAACUGAAGGGCGUCAAGUACGAGUAUGUAGAAGAAGACCUCUCCAAUAAGAGCGAAUUGCUUCUGCAGUACAACCCUAUUUACAAGAAGGUUCCUGUGCUUGUUCACGACGGCAAACCCGUCGCCGAAUCCCUGGUAGUCCUCGAAUACAUCGAAGACACCUGGCCGGACAACCCUUUGCUGCCACAAGACGCUUGUGCGAGAGCCAUGGCCAGGUUUUGGAUCAAAUUUGGGGAAGACAAGGGCCUCAUCUUCUAUGACUUAUUUCGGUCUACGGAAGAGACGAAAGAGCAAGCAGGGAGAGAAGUGGCUCAAGUUCUGAGGACUUUAGAAGAGCAAGCGCUUGGAGAUGGCAAGUUCUUUGGAGGGGACAGUCUGGGAUUCGUGGACAUAUCAUAUGGAUGGCUUGCUUACUGGUUUGAGGUGAUGGAAGACGUUAUAGGCAUCAAAGUGCUAGAGCCAAGCACCUUCCCUGGCUUGUGGGCUUGGACCCAGAAUUUCAAAGAUGUUCCUGUGAUUAAAGACAACCUUCCUGAUCGCCAGCAAUUAUCCAGCCAUUUCAAGCGCUUAAGGGUCAUGUUUGCAGCAGAAUCCCAGUAAUUCAUUGAUUAGGAGUUAAUCACACAUCUUUUGGGCAUCUUGUGAUCAGUGGUGAUUAUAUAUCUAGAUUGUUAAAGAGUUUUGAGUUUGAUGUCUCCAAAAAUCUGGAUACGAUGCGAUGGUUGUGCCUUUUAUUCCUUGAAUUUCUUAAAAACCAAUGAGCCAUUUUGCAUGGCCUUAUGGACCUCUAUGAUACAUAGCAACGUUUUGAGGGUAUCAUUUUGACAUUUUCAAAAUAUUUCUUAUAUUGAAACGUCGAGAAAUACCUAAAAAAAUGUUAGAUAUAAGCCCUUAAGAUUAGUUUUUAAUGACACAAAGAGACUGGAUCUUGUAAUUCUUUAAUUAUUAAUAAAAGAUAAUUUUAUAUUUUAAUUUAAA